AUGCUGCGGCGCCGCAUUGUUGUACCGGCGCUCCCCUCAACCGCACUCCAGUUCGCUGAAGUAAGCAAGCGGUACACGCAGUACUCUGAGGCCUUUCAUGAGUGUUCACCCACACACUCUAAUGGUCUCUAUUCACCCAAAUUAAGGGGACUUCACAAGUCGAUAUUAUUAAAUACAGAGAUAACACCAAAGACAACAACACUACCAACAACAAAAACAAUGAAAAGAACAAAGGGAGAAUUAACGAGACUAUCUGUCUUAUCGUUUCUUGACACUGUAAAGUUGAAUGCUAUUCUAAAAAGCAGUGAAGUGGCAGGGCGGUUUACCACUACUACCGCUGCCAAUUAUACACCUUCUUCUUCUACAAAUACUCCUAAAGAUGUUGUAAUGAGAAGAAUGGGUGUACUGCCAAGUAUGGCUUCACAAAGUGGUCUUUUGCGUACUACCGCAGUGCGUCUUAUGCCGGUACUUGCUGGCCCAACAUUAGACACACGCAUUGGUGAUAUUAUGAAAAUUGAUAACUCUCUCGCAGCGGAGAUGUUGCCAAAUGUGGUGCGUCUCCUCAUAGAUCCUCAAGCAGAGGGUGUUGAAAAUGUUUCCCUCAGUGAUUUUGCAGCUAUGCAACCAAAAAGACAACUGGCGGCACUUGGAGGUAAAAAGAUUUGGCAUGAUUGGCUUAUUGAUAGUACACAUUAUAAACAAGUCGCUCGCCUAGGAUUGGAAUCACCUUAUUAUGAUUUACGAGCACUCCAACAGGCUGGUAUUUCAACUCUUUAUCAAUGGGCAGAACAACCAGAUCUUGUAAAGGUUUCAUCCUAUACGAGAAGUUUGUUAGAUGCUGCCGUAGAAAAAAGUGUUGAGGCUUAUGUUGUGGAGGUAGCAAAAGUAGUCAAUAAAAGUAUUUUAUUAGAAGAUACAUUGAUAUCAUGGGCUGCAGAUACAAUUGGAAAGUUUGUCCUUGAUACAUUACGUAUUUCAAUGGAACAAGCAACAGCCCAACGAGAUGCUUCUGGCAUAAAUGGUACAUCAUCAUCAUCAACAACAACAUCAACAUCAUCCUCAUCCUCUUCAUCAUCAACGGUAUCAAUGACAGGAAUGAAUGAGAAUGGAAUGGAUCAGCCGGCGAUAGCCGCUAUGAACUCCAAUGCAUCACCGAAUAUAAGACCAGGAGAAGUUUGUACGCUUGAACAUUAUCACCGUCUUGCAAGGAAAGUAUUGGCAAGUGUUCGAAAAGAGUAUAUAGCCCAGAGACAGGCAGAUCAAGGAAAUAACAAUGCGACAAAAAUACAGCUGGAUAGCCAAGCAGAAGCAGAGAUUCGUGAAAAAGCCUAUACCACACUUAGUGAUGCGAUGUUAAGAGUAUUAGAAGCUCAAUCACCUAAUAUGCCACAGGAAUUACAUUCAUUACGGGAUUAUGGAUUUUUGGCAUUAGAACGACUUCCAGGAUUACUUCGACAAGCCUCCUCUGUUCUUCAACUUCAAAGUAUACCCGUGAGAUACUUUGUCUUUCAUAGUACUGGUGAACGUGAAGAAGAUGAAUUGGAAAGACAAGAAUUUGAAUUAUUCCCUUAUAAUAAUACUUCUGGUGCUACCACAACCACAUCCGGUGGUGGUAAUGGUAGUAGUAAUAUUAAUAGUAAUAAUAGUAGUGGUGGGGCCACGCUGAAUGUAACCGCACCAGCGUUAGUAAGUGGAAUAUUUCUUGCGGGGACGGGAAAUUGUAAUAUUACAUUAGGUGAAUGGCCUGGAUUUCCACAACCCCCACCAUCUUCCUUAGGAGGAGGAGGAGGAGGAGGAGGAAGUGGAGGAAAUACAAACGAUCCACUACAGAAUGAAUAUUUUUCAGUAUUACAUCGUUUGAAAAGGCAUACAACUCGUGUUGCCCGUACGAGUAUUUUUGAAACUAUUAAGAGAGCAGAUGAUUUUCGUAAUGGAUUUAAUGCCGUAGAGGCACUUGGUCUUCAUCAACUUUUAGGAACUGCAAAACUUGUGGAAGAUCGUUUAAUCUCUGUAUUAAAUUGUUAUUAUAAUUCCUCUUCUAUAUCCAAACCGAUACAUUUUAUUGAAGCUGGUCAUUCUGGUGGUAAAUCUUCCAUGUUACAACGUCUUUCUAAACGUAUGAAUGAAAGUGGACGAAAUACCGUUACUGUACGUUACAGUGGAACAGCAACACCAUUUACACCAGGAUUAGAUGAUCAUCCACUUGCUUUUCCAGCUAGAUUUUGGUUUCGGGUGGCAUUAUCAUCUUGUCCUUAUCUUGUACGUACAGAAGAACUUUUUACACGUGCCCCAAAGUCUGUGAUGUGGUGGGCGAAUAGGUUAAAUUGGUCUUGGGAACAAUAUCAAAAGUGUAUUCGUCUUCCUAAUCAAAAAGAAGGUGAACCAUCAUCUUUACAUGCAAUUCUUGUAGAUGAUAUAGAUCGUGUUUUGGAUGCUAUGGAAAAUAGAUUUGUUCAUGCAACUUUUUCUGUAAAUGGUAUAUUAAAUGGGGCAAAUAAUGUUCAUCCUCUUCCUUCAUACUCUAAUAUUACAGGAGAUGAAACCCAUGAAGUUGGUACUACUUCUACUAAUACUGGUCAUAAUCAUGAGAAGAGAUAUCAUGAUAAAAAGAUAUUAGGUAAUAACUCAUCUCCAUCAUUAUUGACAUCCAUGACACAAUAUAAACCAUAUGUACCAUUUCAUCCAGAUAUGGUAGAAGCAGCUUUGGCUAGAAUAACAGUUGCCGUUGGACAAUUAGAUAUGGUUUUUACUGGACACCGUGUAAGUAAGAUGUUUCUUACACAUGCAGAUACUCCUGUUAGACGAUAUUUUAUUCCUCUUGCUAAUGGUAUUGGUUUACAACAACGUCUACGUGUUUUACCUUUAAUAUCUGUUUUAUAUGCACUACAUCAACGUUCACGUCUUGAGUUUUCAGGACUUAUGUAUGAAGUUCUAAAGAAUUGUCCUGGUCUUCUUGGAUAUACACUUGAGGUAUUUUGGUCUGGAAGAGCUGCUUUAAUGGAUCUCCGGGGUGGAGCCCCUCGUCUUAUGCAAUGGAGUAAUACACAUCCACUUUUUCGUAGUAAUGUCCCAACAGAAUUAUUUGCUGAACUUCCACAACGUAAUUUUUUGCUUCAAAAUUUACCAGAAGCACGUUUACGAUUGGUGGAAUUGUUACAACGACAAUUAAGCAGUCCAACAGGAUAUCUUACGACUGGUGUAGAUACAACUUUACAGGAUGAACGAGAUGGACUUAUUGUUCCUUAUAAUAAUACCACUUGUCAAGUACACCCUUUUGCACUUUUUACUAUUUUUACCCAUCAAGAUCCAUUGGAAUCACCAAAAGAAGCAACAGUAGUACGUGCUUGGGGUGAAGUAUGGGCAGAGUAUUGUGCUGUUGUAAAUACAAUGGGUACAAGUAAUGAACGGAAACGUGAUGCCCUUCGUGUACUUCUUCAUGGUGCUUUACUACUUCGUGUGGUAGCUGUUUCUGGAGCACAAAUGGAUCUUAAUCUUAAAAUACCACCGUAUGGUUUCCCAUUACUUGCCUCACCAACACGCAUAAAGCAAAAGGGGGGCGCAGAGCCUUUAGUAACAAAGGCUACACCUGAAACUGUACGUAAAGCUUUAGCCGCCUAUAAGACAUUUUUUGCUCAAACAGAACAGACACAUUUCCCAUUCCGUCCAAGUGUUGGACUUAAUGGAGGAUGUGAUGUGGUUUCUAUUGCAGGUACAACAUUAGCUUUAUAUGAUCUUGUUACAACUCCUGAGGCAUUAAAAGAUAUCAGUUAUCGCUUCGCUGAAGCCCUUUUGGGGGUAUUACAUUGUUUAGGAAAAAAUGUUUUACCACAGAAUAGAAUUCGUCAAAUUCACUACGUUAGUGUGGUUUCUAUUGAUCAAUCUAUAUCCUUUACCUCAACUAAUGGAGGAGGAUGUGGAAUUGGAGUUUGUGGCGGUGGAAGUAGUGGAAAUGUGAUGAAUGCAGUUUCGGGAGUUGGUUCCUCAUCCUCUAUGGCGACGGAUGAUGUAUUUGCCUCCCCACCUACAUCUGUAGUCCCAUACUUUCUUGAUCUUAGCGCUGUCUUUGAGGAUGAUGUGAUUGACCGUCUUCGUGCCUUACAGGAUGUGCUUGGUAUCAGUAAAGAGUUCCGCACCCUGAAUGACCUGCUGGAUGAGCUGGAGAGUGCCCAUCACGUGUAUGUCCACCAGGACGUGGUGGCCUCCUCGCAGGAACUCGAGUCGCUUCUCUCGACGACACUCACGCAACUCGUGCCGGACGCGACGGUGCUGCCGGCGUACGCGGCGGAGCUCGUCUCGCCCGACGCCCUGCUGCUCGAUCUGCUCGAGGCGGGCGAGGCGGAGAUGUUGGAGGCGGAGCGGGCCGAGCGCGGCGAGCGGGGCGGCGGCGGCGGGGCGGAGGCGGAGGAGAUGCGGCGGGAGGCGGCACUCGCGCGGGAGGCCGGCGGCGGCGGCGUGGCGGUCUGCGCCGAUGCGGAACACCUGCAGGAGUCGGCGGAGAUGUUGGAGGCGCUCCUCAACGACGCCCUCGCAGACCCCGUCCACCGCAGCGCAGAGGAGCAACGCACACACGAUACCGCACAGGAGGCACUACUCGCCGAUAUCGCCGCAGAGGAUGCGAUUAAUAAUAGCAUACCAGUGCCAGAUACAAAUAUUUCAAAGGCACACUACGAGGAUGCCCUCGCUUGGUUGCAUGAUAUCAUCACACCACCAGCCGCAGAGCAGCAGGGGAAUAGAGGAGAUGAUAACGUCAUCGUCACCACUACACUUUCCGGGGCAGUCCCACAGCAAACCACAAAUGGAGGCGCUUUUGUUUCGCUGAGUAAUGACGAAGAUGAAGAAGAGCAGGAACAUGAGCAGGCGCCCAAUCUGAAGGAAAAGGAAGUAGUGAAGGAAGUCCAUGCGAGUGGAGGAGGUAGUGAAAGAAAAAAGGCAGCAGAGAGUAAUAAAAAGAAAACUACUACUACUACUACUACUAGCAGCAACAGCAACAGCAGGAAUAGUCGGCCAUCAUCACGUCAACAGCGAUCAAAGCCACAACGUGGUAAAGCAAAGAAACAGAGUGUUUCAACGUCAACAGGACGGAAAAAGGCAUCCAGUGCUGCUACUACCAUGAAUACAAGUAGUAGUAAUAGUAAUGCAAAACGAAAAGCAGCAGCGGCAAAAAAGAAUAGUAAAAAGUCAUCUACGUCCUCAACAGUGACAACAGGAAAGAAAAACAAAAGAAGGUAG